CACCACACAGGUAGUGAUGAACCAGUCGGGCUUUAAUAAUAGCAGAAGAAGACGAAGCGCAGCUCGACUCACAAGAGACACAUUCGGAAAGUUAUUCAGCAAAUAUUUCACUAAUAUUACAAUAAUAUUACACUCAUCUAAUAAGAAAGGGAGCCAGCAAGUUUUGUCGGGGCUUAAAGAGACGACUUUAACGGUCGGACUGAGGCCAGAAGAGUAGCAGCUGUGUCGAUAUCUGACAGAAUGGAUCCAACUACGCAGGGAGACGGAGCUCUUCAAGAAGAGAGCUUUGUCCACACCAGCUGUGGAGAAAAGACACACUGCAUCAGAGUCUGCAUCGCACAAGAAGAAGAAGCCCAAAUUGGACAAGGAAGGAUCUUCCUGGUCCAAACCGAGUGCUGAGUCCAGUAAUGGCAGCUUCAACAUUAAGACCAGCUCUGGCUACAAGUUUGGUUGUCUGGCCAAGAUAGUGAAUUAUAUGAAGACGCGACAUCAGAAUGGCGACACACACUUCCUGACACUAGAAGAAAUUCUGGAUGAGACCAAACUCCUUGACAUCGGCAUGAAACAGAAGCAGUGGCUCAUGACUGAGGCACUGGUCAACAACCCUAAGAUCGAUGUCCGGGAUGGCACUUAUGGCUUCAAGCCCAAGUACAACCUGAAGGACAAGAAGGCUUUACUGAGGCUGCUGGACAAACACGACCAGUUGGGCCUGGGAGGAGUUCUGCUGGAUGAUGUGGAGGAGGGCCUGCCCAACUCUGCUAAGGCCAUCAAGGUCUUGGGGGAUCAGAUCACCUUCGUGACCAGACCAGAUAAGAAGAAGAUCUUGUUCUACAAUGACAAACACUGCCAGUUUGUGGUGGAUGAAGAAUUCCAGAAGUUGUGGAGAAGUGUUCCUGUGGACUCCAUAGACGAGGAGAAGAUUGAGGAGUACUUGAAGAAGCAAGGCAUCUCCUCCAUGCAGGAGUCAGGACCAAAGAAAGUGCUGCCAGUGCAGAAGAGGAAGAAGCAAGCGGGUCAGAGGAAGAGACACUUCAAGACCCACAACAACCACCUGGCAGGGGUCCUGGAGGACUACACCGAUGGUGUGCCUGCCAAAAAGUGAACAUUCUUGUCCUGUUCUGUGAAGAACUACUUGCUGGCAUCCUGCUCACAUGAUGUAAGAUCUGUCACUCAUCAUUCUAGGUCAACACUUCACCUACUUUCUCUUCAGCACCAAGGUGUGUGUGUGUGUGUGUGUGUGUGUGUGUGUGUGUGUGUGUGUGUGUGUGUGUGUGUGUGUGUGUGUGUGUGUGUGUGUGUGUGUGUGUGUGUGUGUGUGUGUGUGUGCGUGUGCGUGUGCGUGUGCGUGCGCAGAAUUCUCCACACACUGAUGACAUGAUGUGGCACAUUUUAAUAAAUGUCUUCAACUCA